AUUUACCGGUCCCCGUCGACACCACCCUCUUACACAGUCACACCUAUCCCCAUACUCCUUUGUCCCGAACCUGAACCCUUGGUUCCCUACAUUUUACCAAUUUGAAUAUUGGUUUAGAGAUUAGGUUUUUUAUUUUUAUUUUUUUUUAAUUUUUUGGGUUACGCAUAGAAUCUCAGAUUCUUUUUACAUGGAUUUCAAUUCCAAUUACUGUUCAUGUUUUUAUUGAUUCAAUCAAUCAAUCCAAAUUUUUUAUUAUAUAUUUUGUGAUUAGAGUUUCAUGGACUUGUCGUCUCAAUCGACUGACACGUCAUCGACCCUAACUUUAGGGCUAGUAUCUCCAUCGCCGUCGUCUUCUCACCGUAACUCGAUCGCCGAUGAUUCUGUUACCUUGCAGCUGGGAACGAGGGACCCUACCCGAAGCCCUUUCCGACCGGUUCCUCUCCAACUCCUCGAACCGCAUCAGAACGGGAACACGAUUGAAAGGGAGCGUUGCGAUGAUAAUGAUGAUGGGAGUAGGGAAAUCGAAGAGUUUCGUAUUUUAGGGCAUCCCAUGUGUCUUAAGAGGCGGAGAGAUAGUUCUUCUUUGUCGUCGCCGUCGCCGACGAAGCGGAUGACGGUGGAAACGGAUCUCGAGAAGAGAAAAGCGGCCGUGAAAUCGUGGGGUAGCCAGCCGAUCCACGUGGCUGAUCCUGAUGUGUUCGACAUGAUGGAACAGGAGAAGAAGAGGCAGUUCAUGGGCAUUGAGUUAAUAGCUUCGGAAAACUUCGUGUGCCGUGCUGUGAUGGAAGCCCUCGGAAGCCAUUUAACCAACAAAUACUCCGAAGGGAUGCCCAGAGCAAGGUAUUACGGCGGGAAUCAGUACAUAGAUGAAAUCGAAACCCUGUGUUGGAAACGUGCAUUGGAAGCUUUCGGGCUUGAUGCCGAGAACUGGGGAGUCAAUGUGCAGCCUUAUUCGUGUACAUCAGCGAAUUUCGCGGUUUUUACUGGGUUGCUAUUGCCCGGUGAUAGGAUCAUGGGAUUAGAUACACCGUCUGGAGGGAAUACUAGUCAUGGAUAUUAUACCCCAAAUGGGAGGAAAGUUUCUGGGGCAUCUAUAUUCUUUGAGAGUUUGUCUUAUAAAGUGAAUCCUCAAACUGGGUACAUUGAUUAUGAGAAGUUGGAGGAAAGGGCACUUGAUUUCAGGCCAAAGAUAUUAAUUUGUGGUGGGAGUUCAUAUCCUAGGGAAUGGGAUUAUGCAAGGUUUAGACAGAUUGCGGAUAAGUGUGGUGCUGUUUUGCUUUGUGAUAUGGCUCAGAUAAGUGGACUAAUUGCUGCUAAGGAAGCUGCCAAUCCUUUUGAAUACUGUGACAUUGUCACCUCUACCACCCAUAAAAGCCUCCGAGGUCCCAGAGGAGGCAUAAUUUUCUAUAGAAAGGGUAAAAAGCCAAAGAAGGGUGGCAUGCUACUAAGCCAAGGAGAUUGCAAUGAGCAAUAUGAUUUCGAGGAAAAGAUAAACUUUGCUGUUUUCCCAUCUUUGCAAGGCGGACCACAUAAUAAUCAUAUUGCUGCGCUUGCCAUAGCAUUGAAGCAAGUGGCUACACCAGAGUAUAAGACCUAUAUGCAACAAGUGAAGAAAAAUGCUCAGGCAUUGGCAUCUUCAUUGUUAAGAAGAAAAUGCAAGCUAAUUACAGGAGGCACAGACAACCAUUUGUUACUCUGGGAUCUAAGACAUUUUGGGUUGACAGGUAAAAUUUACGAGAAGGUGUGUGAGAUGUGCCACAUUACUGUCAACAAAAUUGCUAUUUUUGGCGAGAAUGGUGUCAUUACUCCUGGAGGAGUAAGGAUUGGUACUCCUGCUAUGACAUCAAGAGGUUGUCUAGAGUGUGAUUUUGACACAAUCGCAAGCUUUCUUCUCAGAGCUGCACAUAUCACUAGUAUAAUGCAGCGUGAUCAUGGGAAGCUGCCGAAGGCCUCUGUGAAGAGUCUCCAAGAACAUAAGGAUAUUUUGGAGCUCCGAAUGCAAGUGGAGACUUUUGCAUCUCAAUUUGCAAUGCCAGGUUUUGACAUUUGACUGAAUUGUGAAGGUGCCUACAUACCGGAAGUUCCAACGACUCUGCAGAGGAAUUGUGGGGUAAGCUGAGGUUAUUUUCCUGUAACCAACCCACAUCAUCAUGUCUUUCUAUAACAGUGAUUGAAUUCCCGAAAAUAUUGCAACAAUUUUGACGGUGAAGGUGCUGGUUCUUUUUUUGAACAUAUAUGUUCUCAUUGUUGCUAGUCUUCUAGUUGUGUUUGCAGAUUGUUUACAAAUAAUAUUGAAGCCCAGAAUUUUGUUCUGUUGUCAUCAGUUUCAUUUGUUAUAGUGGAUCCAGUGUAAGAUCAACAAUUCGUUGAUCUUGUCUUUUAUGUAGUUGACUUGAUUUAUAAAGGAUAUCGUGUUAAUAUUCUUUGCACUAAUUAAAGAUCAUUGUUUCCAUAA